AUUUAUUUAUAUCUGUUUCCAAAGCCACAAAUUUUUUCAGAGCCGACUGUGAGGGUUCCUAAUUUUCCCUCAUUUUCUCCCUGCCCAAAUUUCCUCUGCUGUUUGGAUCUUCAUAUCAAUCAGCACUAAAAGGCUAUUUGCUGCAAAGAAGAUGAGUUUUCGGCAAGCUAUUUUAAACUUUAUUUGGACAAACAUCUUGAAGACGAUAAGAUAAGAAUUAAGCCAUGGCUGAAGAAGCAGGCAUGUUUGUAAUUCGCCAAACCAUUGGAAGUGUUUUAUGUUGUAAAUGUGGCGUACCAAUGCAACCAAAUGCUGCAAAUAUGUGUGUUAAGUGUUUGCGUUCAGAAGUAGACAUCACUGAAGGUUUGCAGAAGCAUGUAAUCAUUAGACAUUGCCCUGAAUGUGAUAGCUACUUGCAACCACCAAGCACUUGGAUUAAGGCCCAAUUAGAAUCCAAGGGGCUGUUGACUUACUGUAUAAAAAGACUGAAUUUGAAAGAAGUUAGGAUGGUACAUGCAGAAUUUGUUUGGACUGAACCACACUCCAAGAGGAUCAAGGUCAGGCUGAGGGUUCAAAAAGAGGUUCUUAAUGGAGCAAUACUUGAACAAGCAUAUGUUGUUGAAUACGUUCAGCAAGAAUCCAUGUGUGAAUCUUGCUCAAGGAUUCAGGCCAACCCUGAUCAGUGGGUUGCUUCUGUCCAAGUCCGGCAGCAUGUUCCUCACAGACGAACUUUCUUUUAUUUGGAACAGCUAAUUUUGAAGCAUGAUGCUGCAGUCCGCGCAAUUAAGAUCAAGCAGAUGGAACAAGGUAUUGAUUUUUUCUUUGCAAAUCGAAGUCAUGGGGUGAAAUUUGUUGAAUUUGUGGGUAAAGUUGCUCCAGUGAGGAGUCGCCAUGACAAGCAACUUGUCUCUCAUGAUCCUAAGAGCAACAACUAUAAUUACAAAUAUACUUUCUCUGUUGAAAUCUCCCCAAUUUGCCGUGAAGACUUGAUCUGCCUGCCUCCAAAAGUUGCAGUAAGUUUGGGGAAUCUUGGUCCCCUUGUAAUCUGCACAAGAGUGACAAACAGCAUUGCUCUACUGGAUCCUUUUAGUCUUAGACAAUGCUACUUGGAUGCUGAUCAGUAUUGGAGGGCAUCCUUUAAGUCUUUACUCACUAGCCGGCAACUUGUGGAGUAUAUCGUAUUGGAUGUUGAAAUUAUUUCUCCUGAAGUUAAUAUUGGUGGCUCAAGGUAUGCUUUAGCAGAGGUCCAAGUUGCCCGUCUGUCAGACUUUGGGAAGAAUGAUACUAUUUUCUUUAUAAAAACACAUUUGGGCCAUAUUUUGAAACCUGGUGAUCAGGCCCUUGGUUAUGACCUAUAUGGCGCUAACAGCAAUGAUAUUGAGCUGGACAAGUAUAAAGGGCUGGUCCUCCCUGAAGCAAUUUUGAUGAAGAAGAGCUAUGAGGAGAAACGCCAGAGAAAACGUGGGAAGCCUCGCACCUGGAAGCUCAAGUCACUGAACAUGGAAGUUGAUGACUCAAGAGGUAGACACGACCAGGAAAAGGCGAACGUGGAAUAUGAAGAGUUCUUGAGGGAUCUGGAAGAGAACCCAGAGUUGAGGUUCAAUAUAUCAUUGUAUCGUAAUAAAGAAUAUCAGCCUUCAGAGAUGGCAUCCGUGACUGAUGGGGAUGAUUUACCUUCUGUUCCAUUGGAAGAGUUGCUUGCUGAUCUUGAUAUAAGCGAUAUGGAAGAUGGGGAUGAUGACAUGAGGGAAUGAGUGUUGGUUAUUUUAAUUUUUGCUUGAAAUGAUCCUUAAUUGAGUGGCUUUGUGUUAUUUUCUAUGCUUUUCUUUUAAGCUUUACAUCAAAAGUUCUCUCAACAAAUGAUGCUUGCAGAACGAUUUGUUUCAUUUUAUUGUUAUGUCGCUUAUGAUCA